GCCUGUUCUUCUUUCUUCCUAGAUACACUGCACCAUCGACUGAGUGUGAUAUAUAUACUACACACACAUACAUACAUAUAUAAUAUACAUAUAUAUAUUUGAGAGAGAGAGAUAGAGUUAUAAGCGGACAAUGUUUGUACAGAUUUGCGGUGGAUAUGGGUAAGGGAACUCUUGUAGGAGGCAUUCGGCGGUGGUUUCAACGUCACUCUUCCGCCGUCAAUACUCAGAGUAACGACAACGACGAUAAGAGAGAUCAAUUCCAUAGCAACGACGUCGUACAGAGAGAUCAAGAUCAAGGAGACUUGAAUUUCACAGAUUCCCUUGGCAUCUCUGGUUUGAAGCUUAUAAAAGUCCCCAAACGAAUCAAUCUCAGACUCAUCUCCACCGACCAUCAUCAAAAGAACAUGCCUGACAAAGAAUUCUUCACAGAAUAUGGUGAGGCAAGUCAAUAUGAAAUACAAGAGGUUGUUGGCAAGGGAAGUUAUGGUGUUGUCGCGUCUGCAAUUGAUACUCACACUGGAGAGAGAGUAGCUAUAAAAAAAAUCAAUGACGUUUUUGAGCAUGUUUCUGAUGCCACUCGUAUUCUUAGAGAAAUCAAGCUCCUGCGGCUACUUCGACACCCAGAUAUUGUAGAAAUAAAGCAUAUAAUGCUACCUCCAUGUCGAAGAGAAUUUAAAGAUAUAUAUGUUGUUUUUGAGUUGAUGGAGUCUGACCUUCACCAAGUAAUCAAGGCAAAUGAUGACCUCACUCCUGAACAUUAUCAAUUUUUCUUAUACCAGCUUCUUAGAGCUCUAAAAUAUAUACAUACAGCAAAUGUGUUCCACCGAGAUCUAAAGCCAAAAAAUAUCCUUGCUAACGCAGACUGCAAACUGAAGAUUUGUGAUUUUGGGCUUGCUCGCGUGUCAUUUAAUGAUGCCCCCUCAGCUAUUUUUUGGACUGAUUAUGUGGCAACUCGAUGGUAUCGUGCUCCCGAACUCUGUGGUUCUUUCUUCUCCAAAUACACUCCUGCUAUUGAUAUUUGGAGCAUAGGGUGUAUAUUUGCUGAAAUGCUUGCAGGGAAACCAUUGUUCCCUGGUAAGAAUGUGGCACACCAGCUGGAUCUUAUUACUGAUUUACUUGGCACUCCUUCUGCUGAAUCCAUGGCAAAGAUUCGGAAUGAAAAGGCUAGAAGAUAUUUAAAUAGCAUGAGGAAAAGACCACCCAUCCCUUUCUCACAAAAAAUCCCAAAUGCAGAUCCAUUGGCUCUUCGUUUGCUUGAGCGGUUGCUUGCAUUUGAUCCCAAAGACCGUCCAUCUGCUGAAGAGGCAUUAGCGGAUCCCUAUUUCCAUGGUUUGGCAAACAUGGACCAUGAACCUUCCAGACAAACCAUUUCAAAAUUUGAGUUUGAGUUUGAAAGGAGGAAUUUGACCAAGGAUACUGUAAGAGAGCUAAUAUAUAGAGAGAUUUUGGAGUAUCAUCCGCAGAUGCUUCAGGAGUACCUUCAUGGCGUAGAUCACACAAGCUUCAUGUAUCCAAGUGGAAUUGAUCGAUUUAAGCAACACUUCGCCCAUCUUGAGGAGCACUAUAGUAAAGGAGAACGAAGCUCUCCUCUCCGGAGGCAAUAUGCCUCCCUGCCCAGGGAGCGGGUCUGUGCACCCAAAGACAUGGCUACUGACCACAGUAAUAAUUUGGAAAAACAUAUGAUUGCUGCUACUGCUCGAUUGUCGGUUCGCGGCACCCCUUGAUCAAAGGUUAUGGAGGUGUCAUUAAUUGCUAACAGGAGACAAUUUUGGAGCAACUGAAGAUUUUAGCAGCUUAUCUCUCACUUUGAGUGAAAAGACUUUGAUUCCUUAGCUAGGCCCCAUAAUUUCCCCAAAUAUGUGGGUGCCUGCCUAAUUCUUAUUAUAGGUGAUGCUAAUUUAUAAUGUCAUUGUUGUUGUAUUAUUAUUGGUGUUAUCAUUUUACGUUGUGUUUAAAUUAAGGAUUGUCAAUGGCAAUGUGCCAAUGGCCUAUGAAUCUGUUCGUUGCAGCUAUUUAGAAGUUGGUUUUGGAGCUC